CCGGAAGUCAUUUGGCGCAGCCGUUGUUAGUGACGCUUUCGUGUCUUUCAAGUAGAACAAUGGCUUAGUUUGUUGUUGGGAUUUACUUCAUUUUAGGUACGUUGAUAAGUAUAUUGCAGUAAUGUCUUAUGAGCACUCGUCUUUGAAUGGAUUUAGCCCUCAUGACUUAUUUUUUCGAAAAUGAUGUGUAUAUUCCACCACCAAAUGUGAAUGUUUUUGUAUAGAUAAAGUGCAUGCAUAUACUCUCUACUCUUAUUCCAUUAUCUGCAAUUCAGGCACGUAAAAUCGAAAUAUGACCGUUAAAAACAAUAUUGAUUGUGAAGACAAUGAGAUUUUGCAAGAUACUUGGGCUACAAAACACUCCGGUGAUGUACCAACUAAUGACUUGGUGUCAUUGUCAUGGCUUCAGAAAGAUGAUAUUUUGCAGAUAACUCCUUUGGAUGAGGAGGAGGAAAAUGGCAGUGAUUCUUUAAAUUCCACUGCGAUCAAAAGUCAAGAUAGUGAAGACACCAAUCGCAAUUCAGGAUUACCCGUCGAAUCUCAGGAAUCCUACUACUCGUCUCCACCAGUGUCUGAACCACCCCUCUCUAUUUUCGGUAGAAGCAUUCGUCGUCCUGCAUCAGUAUCAGGAGAACAGUUUUAUGGAGAAACUACACGGUAUCGAGGCAAUCCGUCACUUACUGUCACUGGCAAAGGACUUGAUAAACCAAACUACAGUUAUACUCACCUUAUAUUUAUGGCAAUCGAAUCGACACCACAAAAGUGUAUGACUGUCAAUCAAAUAUAUAACUGGUGUGAAUCGAACUUCCCGUUCUACAAGCAUGCUGGUGCUGGUUGGAAGAAUUCUUUAAGGCAUAAUUUAUCUAUCAACAAGUCUUUCAAACGGUUACCUCGUGAUAGUCGUGGCCCAGGUCGAGGUGCUUUCUGGACAGUUGAGCCUCGUGAGAGAGCUACCUUAUUGGAUGCCAUCAAACGAACCCCAUGGAACAACAAUAACACAUCUGUAGCUGGGGGUCAAUCACUUAAUGAUAGUGGCAGUACAAAUUCUGUCAAUGCAUUUCCAGUCGGACGGUUUGGUCUUGCACGAAGCGCUCCCAGUCAGCUUUUGCGUGCUGAGGGUUUAGGGAGUGAUCAGUUUGGAUCUAUGGUUGGAGAAUCUGCACCUCAAAUUCGGCUGUUGUACACUAGUGAUGGCAAUGUUGUGGCUACAUACGAUAGUUCAUUCAUUGACCCGUCAAAUUCUGGACCUGAUAGUACAACAGAUGUUAAAGCAAUGGUAUCUGAUUCAACUUUCUCGGAUCAUAGAUACUGGUCCUCACCAUCUGACGAGGCAACUAGUAUUGAUAGUGCUUCAGCUGAAGUUGAAUGGCCAGCCGAAGAAGAAGAGAAGUACUUAAACAUUCUACGUCUGUUGAAUGAAACUGAAGCGACCAACAAUGCUAAACUGAAUUCACCUACUGCAGAUCAACCAGGUGGAGAUGGUUUUCUGUCUAAUGAAGUAAAACGUGAUGCUUGGGAAAAAAUGAUCGGGACACACAUUUUAGAGGAUCCGAAACUGGUCACAAAGCAAAGGAGGAAAUCACGCUUAUUACCAACACGCAUAAAUAAGUGUAAUGAAUGCAAAGAAAAUGUAAAUGGCUGUGAAUCAUGUCUUGCUAAACGCUCUGAAGUUCUCAAUAGUAAUUAUGUUCGUACCACUCUAAAAGAAUAUGAUCUUGAUAUCAGCAAUAUGUUGGACUGUGAUCAAGAACCUGGUCCUGCUGGUGGACCACUCACGAGAAAUUCAAAUACCAAGAUGUUGAAACCACCUCCCUCUCCAACUGCUGCAAAGACUGAUGAUGAUGAUUUGAGUGAUAAAAAAAAUCCACUGAAAUCUGAAGAAGAGGUUUAUUCAUCGAAUGAAGUCUACGUUACUCCAUCACCGUAUAUCGAUCAUGAAUAUUCGCACUGUCAGGCACAGCUUCGUCGACCUGAAGAAAAUCAGCUAGUCAAUAAAUAUAAUGACAAUUAUUUCUCUGAAAGACUUACAGAGUUGAUGAGUCUUUAUCCUCUUGUCAAAGCUUUCGUAGAUACUAUAGUCAAUGAUAUGAAUGUUGACUAUGAAACCGAUGGAUUUGAUGACGGUUUCAGUUCAUCGGAGCAAGAUAUGUACAGUGAGGAUUAUGAUAAUGAAAAUCAACAAAUAAUAAGCAAAGAUUCUAGCAGUCAUGAACAACAAUGUGAUUGUGACUACAUUUCUGCUAAACGAAGCAGCAGCUAUCGUCGUCAAAGUUGUUUACAAACCUCAGAUUUCAAUGUUCGUCAACGACGUCCAAAAAUUGCCUCACGUGGCAGCAUUAGACGACGCAGAGGUGGUGGUGGUGUUGGUGGUGCUGGUGCCAGGGCAAUGAAAUUGUCUGCCUCUCUUAAUAGCAAUCCUACUCGACGAUCGAAACGAGUGAUUAAAGCUCCUCGUCGUCCGUAUGAUGACUUUGAAAAUGUUGACUAUUACGAUUAUGAGUUAGACAAUGAUGAAUCGGAUAGAAUUGUGGAAAAAGAAGAAGAAGAAGAAGAGGAGGAUCCACGGACUUCUGACGUUGAAUCGGAAAAUGAGAAUCAAGCUAAUCACACUGAAAAUCAUAAAUAUCGAAAAAAUUUCUUCCUAUCCAAAUCAUUAAAGCGUCCCUACCAGGCAAUUAUUGACUCACAUUCUAAUUCAGAUAACUGUGAUCGAUAUCUGUCGCCUAGUAUUGAUGCUGACUACGAGAGUUCAGAUGAUAAUGAAGAAGACAAUUAUCAUCGGUACAAUGAUUCUGCAAUACACCUGAGUCAAAUAAAAAAUCGUAAAUCAUCCUAUGAAAUAAAUAAUGUAUGGACUUCUGUGAUGAAGUGUUCAGUGAGCAGGCGAAAAAUUCAUGAAUCUAUAGCCUCAGAAGACUGCCAACAGACUUUCCUUGAACAUGAUCGAACAAAAGAAGAAGAUUUAGACAAUAGUAUUGUGAAGUACGAAGAAGAAGUGGUUGAAGAACCAAUGGAACAAGAACAACGCAGUGAACAAACAGCCGUUGAUGCAGCUCAUCUAUUAAUGGGUAUGAGUCAGAUACAAAGUUUCAAAAAACAAUCGGGUUGUGUCAAUCUCGACUCCAGUGAAGACAGUUCAAUGUCAGAGUCUACAAUGACGCUUAGCUUGGAUACACAUCCUAGUGAAGCACCACCACCACCGACACCAAAACCUCUUCAUCAAGUAUCAGAAGCUAUAAAUUGAAAUCACACACAUAUAUGUAUGUUGUGGAAACUUAGUUAGCCUUACCUUGUACAUAAUUGUGCAAUAUAUAAUAUUAUACAUAUUCAUAAAGUUGCUGGAAUGAUGACCAUGAAUAAUCUGUCGCUUUCAGGGUCAUACACACACACCUCUACAUACUUCUAGUCUAGUUCGCUUUUAGGCGACUCCAUUUCAACCCAUGACCGACCACCACCACCAACAACAAUCCCCCGUCGACCUACUUACUUACUGUGUGGUUCACCUCAAUUGCAAUAAAUAUUAUAUUUAGUUAAUUUUGUUUCCGUUGAUUUGUUACUUCAGAAAUUUUGCGCCCAUUUAAUAAUUAAUUGUUAGAUGCUGUAUUUGAUUUACUUACUGAUACUCCCUACUACUUCUACUACGUGUGUGUUGCUUGUUUGUUUGUGUAUUUUCCCUUUUUGUAUUAGGACUCUAUCUAUAGAUUUAAUUAAAACAAGAAAAAUGUUUCUCAUCCCUUUUUGUUUCAUGCCUUAUUAUGCCCGCCUGCCUCCCUCCCCCUCUUCUCUGUUUUAUCGUGCAAAUAAUUUGUAGUCUACCAGCAUUUGUAUUCUACUAUUUAUUAUUAUAACAGUUUUACUAAUCAUUAUUAUUACAAUAACAGCCCCACAACAACAGCAACGAUAUAAACUUUUGUUCAGUAUUAACAAACACACAUGAAAUACUCUUUAGAAAAAGGUCUUGUUUGUUUGUUUGCCUUAUUUUUCUGCUCUGUGUUAGAAUGAUUUUCUCUACUGUUUGUUUUCAUGUUCUUUCCCUCUCCAAAAUAUUUGUGCAAUCAUUCUUAGUGGGUUAAUUUUUGUUCAUGUUUUGUUAAAUGAAGGGAGCGGCGGCGGCGACGACGACAGGAGGAGGUGUGUUCUCACUCUUUGUUGUUUUUCCAUUACCUAAAUGAUGAUGUUGAUGCGAUAAUGAUGGAACAGUAUUGCAUGCAGAAAUAUGCCAUGUCAUGUAUUGCAUUACUACUUGACAGUUAUUCAAUUUCUGUUUUUUUCUCUCUCUCUCUCUUGUUUUUCAUUUGUUGCUGUGUUCUUCCGGUUAUUUUCCCUUCUUUUGUUUUAUUUUCGGAAGUGCAUUUUGUUGAAAUACUUGUUACCUGUUUCUGUGUUUUGUAUUAUAUACUACCGAUUACAUUUGACUACUCGCUCGCCUCCUUCUCCCCCCGCCUUCUGCUACCGCCCGAAGUUUUCCUACAGAGAGUUGCGCAAUGUUCUACUUUCACUGUUCGAUAAUUUUUAAAUCAUUUGUGAACCAACCAACAUGUGCAGUAUUAUUUGUAUAAAGUUUUAAAAAAUUAAUAAUUUGAGUUAUUCUUAAAUAAAUAAAAGAAUGUUG